GAAAAACUAUCAUCGAAAUGAAGUAGAGCAACAGAAGUAGCAAAACAUUUGAAUCGCAAUGUGAUCACGUGAUUUACAGGAACGGGUGCAGCUCAGCAAACCUCCUCGAAAUAGCACUCAACGUCCACACGCACACGCGCGCGCCCAAUCGCAGGAUCUACAGUUCAGCCGCUUUUCGGUGGCUUACAACUGAAGUUUAAUCAAACUUAUUAUUAAACUUCAAUUGUUUGCUGUGAUGGUCGUUAUCACACUCACACAGCUGAACAACAUGAAAUGAGAGCGAACAUGGUGCCCUUCCUGGUUUUGCUGUUUCUCUGUCAACGGAUUUCUGCCACCGAAGAUCUGAAAAUUAUCACAGCUGAGUCUGGACAAAAGAGCGUCACUCUGACAUGUCGAGCUCCAAACAACAGCAAGAACCUGAUAGGUGUGGAGUGGAAUAGAGCUGACCUGAAAGAAGAAUAUGUCCUCUUGUAUCGGGAUGAGCAGUUUGUCCCAGAUUACCAGCAUCCAUCUUUUAAGAACCGGGUGGAUCUGAAUGACACACAGAUGAAGGAUGGAGACGUGUCUCUGAUUCUGAAGGAUGUGAUUACUGCCGAUGAUGGGAUAUACGUGUGUCGUGUCCUCAUCCCAGGAACAAAGCGCAGAAAGAGAACUGCUGAAACUGUCAGGAGCAUCAGACUGAGUGUUGUUCCUCCAGGUCAGACAGGAGGACUCACAGAGGAUGGAGGGAAGGAGGAUGGAGGGAAGGAGGCUGGAUCUGUUGGAUUAAUCGUCGGUCUGUCUGUUGCUGCUUUCGUCAUUGUUGCCACUCUUGCUGGUUUUUUGAUCUACAGAAAAAAAAAGAGUCAGAGUCCAUACCAGCUUCCAGCUGAGCUGUAGUCUAUUUGAAAUGUUUCAAAGCUUUUUUUACAUCUUAACUGUGAGUCUUCUGUUGCUGUUCCAAAGCUUCAGUGGAGACAUGGAAAUAUGACCUAGCUCCCGAAUCUGGGCCCUGCACUAUGAAGUGCGUUCAAUUAACACCAGGGUACCUUUUCGUCAUCUGCAUUAAUUUACGCUAACAUUGGCAAUGAGGAUGACCAGGUUCACAUGAACGGGGUAGCAUGGGCGAUAUCUCACCAUCGCAUUGAUCAUUGUAGCCGAUUGGCUGAUUUCAACAUUUUUUUUGUUUUGUUUUCUAAACUAUUAGAAAAAUAUGAAGAGGUAACACAUAAAACAGAAAAGUAGCACUGCUGCAAACAAGGCAGAGAAGGAGUUGAAAAGCAGUGCAUUUCAUUAGAUUUCAUUUUUAGUUUUAAAAGUGCUUUGUAUGUGUAAGCUUGAACAGUAUUGGUCAGUAAGACUGACCCUUAAAGGCAGGAAGUAAAGACAGGAAAAUGGUGAGUGUGUGUGAGCAAGUGGGAGAAGAUGUAGUUUUAGUACUAGCAGGCAUUGUAAAGCCCAGAAGUACAAAAUGUUUGCAGGCAGAAGGUUAGAAUAAUUUUUUUUGAUUACAUUAAAAAAAAAAAAAAGCUGCAUCGAAGAAUCUGUAUAUAUUGCUGAUGCUCAUUGCGGAAACACAGACUUGUGAAACCUUCUAUCCACUUGCACAGGUCAGAGGGAUCCUCCAGGAAUGAUGAUGGUAAUUUCUGAAGACUUAUUGGUCAGAAGCCAGUGAUUUCAUCCCUGCUGAUCUCCAAUCUGGAUCUUAACCUGAUCCGCAGGUAUGAAAUCACUGCUUUCUGAGCAAUCAAUUCUCUAUGAAAUAACAUCACCGUUCCUGGAGGACCCCUCUAAUCUCUGCACUGGUACUAGGAGAAAAUUAUCUAGCGUUUGUUUUUCUGAUGAGCAUCAGUAAUAAAUACAGAUUUUUAGAUGCAGCUAUUCAUUUUGUCCCCCCAGAUUAACGAUGUACCAGUAAGACGUGAACCAUUUUUUUAGUAUAGAAAAAAAACAGGUUUAAUCGUAAAGUUACCUGGAUAGCACAAAAUUCUGCUUCUGCUAUGUAGAAUAAAGCACUUCAUGAACUUUUACCAUCUACCUAAUCAUCCUCAUCUGACAAACAAACAGCAGAGGUG